CGAAGUGCUCGCGCCGCCUCGACUAUCUUCUUCAGCGAGGAAUGCCGAUCGGGAAACUUUGACGAUCCCGAGGAGCGUCGAGGAUAAAUAAUAAUAAUAAAGAUCGAGAGAGAGAGAAGGAAGGAUGCGUCCGGCGACGGUUUCUCAGAGGGAAGGGACUGGUCUGUAAAAAAUAAAAAAAAAAAAAAAAAAACAGUCUUCACUCCCAGCAAGGGACACGCGAACUUUUGGAAAGUCUCGUUUGCGCGAGGCCAAAAAAAAAUAAAUAAACACCGAGUCGAUUGGGAGGCCAAAGACUUUGAGAAAAAUUCCAAAGGAGUUUACUCGGAGAUUAUAUAAAAUUUGAGUUUUGUGCGCGUUCGUGCUCCGUGCUUGGAUUCGAUUAAUUUACGUAGUGAAAUAACCUGCUGAUUAUUAAAUCGCUGUAUAUAAUAAACGUCCGGCCAAGGCGAAGCCUGAAUCGACUGCGAUAAGCAAACGACCGAAAAGAUUUGUUGUGAGUGCGUGUUCGGUUACGGGACUUAAGGCCAAGGAGACUCGGGACAAUGUCGUUGGGUUAUUUCGGUGGAACUCGUCUCGGUUGGCUUUCCAGAUAUUUCGAAAACUCUUCGUAAUCGCGAUCGGUCGUCUCCACGGGAAUCAAGUGCUCAAGUCGGACAUUGAGAUUUCUCUGUCGGUCAGGACUUUCCGUCUCUACCGAUUCCCCUCGUACCGCGGCUUAGCCUCCUUGGAAUUUUCCUAGCGCGAAGCGAGUCUUCGCUCUCCGUCCUUCUCCGUUCCUCUUUGCGUGCUGCUUCUGUCUCCGUCUGUCACGCAGGCGGGCGCACGUGUUCCCAUCCACGAUCUUUAACGUAAAGGCUGUGAAGGCUGGUACACUGGGGUAUCGUCUUUAUCCAGUUUGCCCGUUGAAAAGUUACACGUUUCGCGCACGAGACUCGAAGUGCUUGCCGAAUCGGGAAUCGCGUGUUUCAAUUUAAUUGAAAUAUCAUUUGGCGUGAUGUGCGGAUAAAUUGAAGGUGUGGAAUAAGGAUACAUUGCGAAAGAGAAUAAUUGUCUGCGAUUUACUUGCUGCUGUGAACUGUAGUGAACAGGUGAACGAAAUUGGGUAAUUCUGCUUAAAUGGUCUCCGCGGUGGGAGGCGGUACGAGAAUGGCGAAUGGAGGAAACGACAAACGUCGGGACAUAAUCUGCCUGCUUCUGGGAUUAACCGCCCUGACACAGGCGAGAAUCACCGAGGAGACGCAAAUGGACACGCACGAAGGCUCGACGGUCCACUUGCAAUGCAGGUUUCCGCCGCCUGUAAACGUCACCAGCCUCUGGCUGAUCCACACCAACAACAAGCACGAGAAUGCUGCCGUCGACGAAGUAUCUCUGUCGCCGGAUUAUUCGGUCUUCAUGAACCUGAACGAGGGUCGAUACGAUCUUCAGAUCAAGAACGUGUCCUACGAGAGGGACAACGGAAAGUUCGAGUGCAGAAUCACGGGUCGCGGAACCGGAAAGAACCUGUACCGGGAGUACAUAACCCUUACCGUGCUGAGGGCACCCGGACCUCCGAGCAUCUCGCCGACCUCGGCACCCGCUACCGAAGGGCAGCGUCUUCAGCUUCAGUGCAACACCAACGGCGGAAGUCCCGAGCCUGACGUCAAGUGGUACAGGGGAACCAGCACGUCCCUGCUGCACGCUGGGAAGACCCUGGAAGUGAUACCCUCGAAGGAGGAUGACCGUGCGAACUUCAGAUGCGUCGUCAGGAACCGGGCAAUGCCAGAAGGUCAGACCCUUAACGCCACAGUUACCCUGGACGUCAAUUACUUUCCCAGGGUGACUGUCGGCCCGGAGAACCCGCUGAAGGUCGAAGCCAACGGCACCGCCACCCUGAUGUGCGACGUCGACUCGAAACCCAUGGUGGGCUCAGUCCGAUGGAUGAGGGACGACAGCUUCAUAGCCACAAACUUCAAGCACGUCAUCCGUAAGGUGACUCUCCAGGAUGCGGGCAGAUACACGUGUCUGGCUGACAAUGGCCUCGGGAGGACCGGAGACAAUUCCCUGGUGCUGGACGUCCUGUAUCCGCCGACAGUCGCCAUCGAGGGCGGGGUCAUCAGGGAAGCCGAUUUCGAGAGCACCGUUAUAGUCCACUGCAACGUCUCGGCCAACCCAAUGCCGUCCGUUAUCGAGUGGCUACGUGACGGCCGACCUGAAUUCCGUCAAUCUGGCAACAUCCUGAGACUGGUCCGGGCGACAGCCGAUCACGCUGGGAACUAUACGUGUCGCGCUCUCAAUACUAUUCAUCCGACCGGGGGAGAACGUCGGGAACACGUGGCGUCCGCUCGUGUUACCAUCAGAAUCCGACACGAACCUGGACCCGCACGUAUCACUCCUGAUUCCCCGGUGGCUGUCGAGGGAUCCCGGGUUAUCCUUACUUGCAUGGCCAGUCCGGCUGGGUACCCCGCGCCCAGAUACAAAUGGUGGAAGGAAGGAGACGGCGGUACAGGCAUAUCCGGUGGCGAGAUCUUGGGUCCGAAGUACGAGAUUGACUCCGUGCAUCUUGGCAGCGAAGGUACCUACAAGUGUCAUGCCAUGAACGAGAUUGGCAAUGGGGAACCAGCUUCGGUCAAGUUGACUGUACAUCAGCCGCCCAAGAUACUGACCAAGCUGCAACCUCACGUUACGAGAAAGGUCGGGGAAUCUUCCUUUGUCGUGUCCUGCGUCGCUCAGGGUAAACCGAAGCCAAACGUACGUUGGUUGAAGGACGACGAGGAACUGACGGCCGGCGCUAGUCUCUACGAAGUCAGUACAACGUCCACGGAAGGACAUAGCAACGUUAUCACUGUUAAUUCGACUUUGAGCUUCAUUGGUCACGGUCGCCCGAAAACUGACACUGUCGUCGCCAGCGAUCGCGGAAAGUACAGCUGUGUCUUUGAGAACGAGGUGAAGAAAGUCGAGUCGACGAUGAUGCUGAAGGUCGAGCACCAGCCAAUCGCUCUGCACGACCACGGGAAGGUGGCCUAUAAUCUUAAGGAAACGGCGGAAGUUGCCUGUAAAGUACAAGCCUGGCCGAAGCCCGAGUUCCAAUGGAGUUUCGGAACCAAUGCUGCGCCCCUGCAAGGAUCAUCCAGCGACGGGCAUUACGAGAUAUCGACGAGCAGCGACAAUUACGACGUGUACACCUCGGUGUUGAAAAUGACGAACAUCAGGGCCUCCGACUACGGCGUCUACAACUGCCGUGCGGCCAAUGCGCAGGGUAGCAUAACGACGACCAUAAGACUUCAAGAGAAGGGCGCACCCGAGAGACCGACCAACAUCACUCCCGUGGACGUGGGUCCGACUCACGUGGCUCUGCUUUGGCAAUUGGGCUUCGACGGGGGACUGCCGAUCACCAAGUACUUUGUUUCGUAUCGACGAGUAGCCGGUGGCGACGAGGUCGUGGCUCCCGACUGCGCGCCUCCUAGAGGACCGGCUGGUCAGUGGCUCGAGUUGGACUGUCGUAGGUCAAAUCCUUGCAACGUUACCAACCUCGAGCAACAUCAGACGUAUACCUUCAAAGUAAAGGUCUACAACACGAAGAAUCACUCCGACUACUCGGACGAGGUAAGCGCCACCACGGCCGUCGCAAAGAUUCCAACUCCUCUGAGAGUCAGCUACGACCCCGAGAGUAGCACAUUGGCUAUCAACGUGGGUGCGACCUGCCUGGCCUUGGUGGCCUUCAUCGAGAGGUCGGACGAGGCUGACAAUAUAUGGAAAGUCGUGGACGAGUGGCCUCUCGAAGUCCUUGGAAGUGCUCCUACUCAGAGGGAGGGUAGCCUGGACCUGGAGGGCUCCACUUCCGAUCCUCGUCUGAGGGUCAAACUCUGCCUCAAGGUGGAUCAUUCGAAGUGUGGAGAUUACGCCGAUGCCGAGAUUGGACCGUCCUACAUUGCCCAUGCUGGUGCCUUGGCGACUCCGACUUUGAUCGCGCUGGUCGUCAGUGGCGCCGUCUUUGUAUUGUUCGCUGCGCUGUUGCUCUUGUUCUGCCGCUGUCGCAGGAAACACGCGGCCAAGGCCAAAGAUUACGAGAUGGAUACGAACGCAGUGCGCCCGAGUCUCGUUACCGGAAAUGGCCAACAGACGCAAGCACCUCCGCCCUAUUACGCUGAAAAUAAAGCGCUUGAACAUAGUUUGGACCAUGCACUUGCUCUUGAGGAGUCAAAGACUCCCGCGUACGCGCAGCCUGGUUAUGGCUACCACCAGCCGAAUCAUAACAUCAAUGGUGAGAAUGGCGUCAACAUGGGCUACAUGGAUAACAGCUAUUCGAAUUCGAAUAACGGAGGAUCUGUCAACUCUCAAGAUUCUAUUUGGCAAAUGAAAACGGCCGCUGCGAAUGGCGUUAAUCAACCUUACGACAUGGGCGGUUACGGUACCACGGAAUCUGAUUAUCCUGCGCAUCCUCACUAUCUUCCUCAGCGCGAAGAUUAUCGCGAGAGUCAUAAUUUGAGUCGUCAGCAAUUCUGCUCGGAGCCUUUCGCCGCUGUUGUUAAAUCGCAAAAACACGUUGAUUCGCCAUACGACGUCUCGGGGCUCCCCUACCAGGAAGGCUACGACGAGGACACGAAGCCACCGCAACAAGUGAGUCUCUCGUAUGACGAAAGCCUCGAAUCCGGAUAUUCCACCCCCAACAGCCGUGGCCGUAGGAUCAUCAGAGAAAUAAUCGUCUGAGAUCAGCCCACCGGCGCGCGAGCCGGAAAAAC